UACAAACAAUAUGGCUGCCUCCUGACUUCGUCGUUGGGGCUUUGAGGUAAAUCCUCGGUUCGAAUCCUCACUGAGGAAGAGGUGUAACGUCUCUGCCCCUCAGGUGUGAAGAAGGAGAAUCACUCGGUUGGGCGUGAGGAGUAAGUGAAUUCAAACAUUCAGAGCCCUCAGAACACUGCUUGGGACACCGGGAUCAAUUUUGAUUCCUUCUGUGUAAAUGAAGUUGGUGAAGCCUCAGAGGGAACGGCGUCAUCAGUGGGAGCGUCAGACCGCGCGAGAGGGGUAAUGGCGGACCGGAUAGCAGAGACUGUCGGCUCCGAUCACGUGACCGGGCGCCAUGUUUUUCCACCUCAGGGAAUGGCAGCGUCUUGCAGUCUGGGCCGCUUAUGCCGAUGUCAGCGCCCUUCUGGGAAGGAACAAGACAUCUGUGAUUGAGCCAAGAUGGGUUCAUUGAUUAAUUGAAGUAAAGGAGAGGGCUCCUGGUGGUGAUGUCUCGGGAGAAGGACGUGGAAGGCCAGCAGUCCCACACCAGUGCUUCCUCACAAUCACAGGCCAGCGGUGGCUGUUCACAGCUCCAAGGUGGCUUCACCCAGUCCCAAGGCUGCUUGUCCCAGUCCCAUGGCCUCUCGUCUCAGACCCACGGUUCCUCCUCUCAGUCCCAGGGCACGUCGAGCUCCUCCACCAGCACGCUGCUCACCUCCAGCCAGUCGUCUCAUUCCAGCUCCGGGACACUGAGCUCCUUAGAGACGGUGUCCACUCAGGAGCUCUGUUCUAUUCCCGAGGACCAAGAACCCGAGGAGCCCGUCCCUGCUCCUUGGGCUCGACUGUGGGCCCUUCAGGAUGGAUUCUCCAAUCUUGAGUGUGUUAACGACAGCUACUGGUUUGGCAGGGACAGAAGCUGUGACUAUUGCUUUGAUGAACCGCUGCUGAAAAAAACAGAUAAAUACCGGACAUACAGCAAGAAACACUUUCGGCUUUUCAGGGAAAUGGGGCCUAAAAACUCUUACAUCGCAUACAUAGAAGAUCACAGUGGGAACGGAACCUUUGUAAACACAGAGCUCGUAGGGAAAGGAAAACGCCGUCCUUUGAAUAACAAUUCAGAAAUCGCACUUUCACUCUGUAGAAAUAAAGUUUUUGUAUUUUUUGACCUGACAGUAGAUGAUCAGUCAGUUUAUCCUAAGGAAUUAAGAGAUGAAUACAUCAUGUCCAAAACUCUUGGAAGUGGUGCCUGUGGAGAGGUGAAGCUUGCUUUUGAAAGGAAAACGUGUAAGAAAGUGGCCAUAAAGAUCAUCAGCAAAAGGAAGUUUGCUAUUGGCUCCGCGAGAGAGGUUGACCCGGCUCUCAAUGUUGAAACAGAAAUAGAAAUUUUGAAAAAACUAAAUCAUCCUUGCAUCAUCAAGAUUAAAAACUUUUUUGAUGCAGAAGAUUAUUAUAUUGUUUUGGAAUUAAUGGAAGGAGGAGAGCUGUUUGAGAAGGUGGUGGGGAACAAGCGCCUGAAAGAAGCUACCUGCAAACUCUACUUUUACCAGAUGCUCUUGGCUGUGCAGUAUCUGCACGACAAUGGCAUUAUACAUCGCGACUUAAAGCCAGAGAAUGUCCUGCUGUCAUCCCAAGACGAGGACUGCCUUAUAAAGAUUACUGAUUUUGGGCAGUCCAAGAUUUUGGGGGAGACCUCUCUCAUGAGAACCUUGUGUGGUACCCCCACCUACUUGGCUCCUGAGGUUCUUCUGUCCAUCGGGACGGCCGGGUAUAACCGUGCUGUGGACUGCUGGAGCCUGGGCGUCAUCCUUUUUAUCUGCCUUAGUGGGUAUCCACCUUUCUCUGAGCAUAAGACGCAAGUGUCCCUGAAGGAUCAGAUCACCAGUGGAAAAUACAACUUCAUUCCUGAAGUCUGGGCAGAUGUUUCAGAGAAGGCUCUGGACCUCGUCAAGAAGUUGUUGGUAGUGGACCCAAAGGUGCGUCUUACAACAGAAGAAGCUUUAAAUCAUCCUUGGCUUCAGGAUGAGGACAUGAAAAGAAAGUUUCGGAGUCUCCUGUCUGAGGAAGAUAAAUCGGUGGCUGUCUCCCAAGUCCCAGACCAGCCUUCCACUAGUCAAAAGCGGCCCCUUGAAGAAGAAGCAGAGAAUGCCGAGGCCACAAAGCGCCGGACCGUGUGUGCUGCUGUGUCGUAACCCCGUGGUUCGAACAUGAACGAAAUGUACCUGCUUUCAUUCCGUUGUCAUCUUUUUUUGUUUCCCUCAAUCUGCGUCUUAUGAUUUGUAUUUUAAUUAUGGAAAUAAUUGCUUCUCCACAAUCACUGAUACACAAUUAAAAAUCUGAUGGAACCUGG